AUGACGUCCACUGGAGGUGGCUGGGCACAGCUGCGUCAACAGGCAAGAAGCCUGGAGACUCAGACGGAGACGCUGUUUCAUACGUACUCUCAGUUCGCUUCCAUGACCAACAUACCCUCGAGACCAACCGAAGAAGAAUCCAGGGCAGAAACCCAAUUGAAUGAGAUCCUAUCAAAGCGAGAAACCGUCAUCGGCCAACUCUCCCGCCUCCUCGACUCCGAAUCCGCCCUCACCUCCUCCGCCCUCAAGCAGAACAACCUUGCCCGCCACCGCGAGAUAUUAUCCGAGCACAAGCGCGAGCUCUCUCGCAUAAAAUCCACCAUCACCGAGCUGCGCAACAAAGCCAACCUCCUCUCCAACGUCCGCUCGGACAUCGACGCCUACCGCUCUGCAAACCCCAGCCAGGCGGAGGCGGACUACAUGCUGGACGAGCGGGGGCGAAUUGAUAACAGCCACAACCUGACCGACGGCGUGCUGGCGCAGGCGUAUGCCAUCAACGAGAAUUUCGGGCUGCAGCGAGAGACGCUCGCGAACGUGAACCGCCGGAUCGUGGGGGCCGCGAGCCAGGUCCCCGGGAUCAACACCUUAAUCGGGCGGAUAGGUGCGAAGCGGAGAAGGGAUGGCAUCAUAUUGGGGGUAUUUCUCGCGUUCUGUUUCUUGUUGCUGUUGUAUUUUCACUGA